AGUUUUGUAAAAAUAACAUGUGCUAGCUGCAAAAGUAAACAUAAAUAAAUAAUUUCAACGCUUAAAUUAAAGUAUUACAGAAAUUAUUGAAAAAUGGCACGAAAAAAGGCACCUAAGAAGAAGCUAGAAAUUGUUUUUGAUCCUCAGAAAAGAAAGGAUUUUCUGACAGGCUUUCGCAAGAGAAAAAAUGAAAGACGCAAACGUGCCCAGGAAGAGCUAGAACGUAACCUUAAGGAAGAACGCAAACGUAUUCGUCAAGAAAUCAAAAAUGGUGUUAAACAUAUGAAGAAAUCCUAUGAACCUCUCAAAGAGCUUACCGAUGCCGAUAAGGCCAAUGAAGAUGAAUACGAGGAUGACGAUGUUAAAGUCAAGAUAGUGGAAUUGUCUACCGGUGAUUUGGCGGCACAACGCAAUAUGUUAGGAGUCAAUACCACUCAGGAUUCGGAAGAAAGUGCAGCUGAACAAAAUUCUGAAGACGAAGAUGAAGAAGAAAGUGCCAACUGUAUACCAGGUAUGGAUUUUGACAUAAAUUCCAAACGUAAACGCAAAGCAGAUGCCGAAGAGGAAUCGGAAAAUGAGGAUGAUGAUAAGAAAUCUAACAAGAAAUCCAAAUUGGGUUUAGAAGAUAUUAAAUCUAAGAAAGAAUUGGAUCAUUUUAAGAAAGUUAAAACUUUAAAAAAAUUAAAAAAGAGUAAAGUUUUUAAGAUGAAAGAACGUUUGGACAAAAAGGUCAAUCAAAAGAAAGCACGCAAAGAUAAAAAUAACACUCUAAAGAGUUUGCCUAAACAUUUAAGGAAAAAGAAGAAAUUCGAAAAGAAUCCUUAUAGCAAGGGCAGAAAAAUGAAUAGAAAACAAAUUAGAAAGAAAUAUGAAAAUAAAUAAUUUUUUUUGUAAUAAAAAA